AGAGUAUUCCCAGCCAUGCGUGACUUUGUUCAAAGAGUGGUGGAGACACUCAGUGUGGAUGAGAACAAAGAUCGCAUUGCGGUGGUCCAGUACAGUAGAGAUCCAGCAGCCCAAUUCUAUCUGAACACAUACACAACAAAGGGAGAGAUUCUCAACAUUGUAAGAGGUCUGAGACACAAAGGCGGGAGACCUCUCAACACUGGAGCAGCUCUCCAGUACGUGAGGGACAAUGUCUUUACUGCCUCCUCCGGAAGCAGACGCUUGGAAGGCGUUCCACAGCUAAUGAUUCUGUUGAGUGGUGGAAGGUCAGUUGACAAUGUUGACACGCCAGCCUCUGCUCUGAAGGAGCUUGGGGUUUUGGUCUUUGGAAUUGGAACAAGGAGCUCUGAUAGUAGAGAAUUGCAGAGGAUAUCACAUGAUCCCAGUUACGCUCUGUCUGUAUCAGAUUUUACUGACCUUCCGAGCAUCCAGCAGCAACUUCUGUCCUCGGUGGAGGCAGUGGUUAUUGAUGUUACUCCAGAAUCACCAACAGUUUUAGUUGAUCAUGACACCGCCAGAAAGGAUGUGGUAUUCCUUCUGGAUGGUUCUGAUGGCACAAGGAAUGGAUUCCCAGCAAUGCGUGAUUUUGUUCAGAGAGUAGUAGAGAAACUCAAUGUGGGAGGAGACAAAGACCGCGUUUCUGUGGUCCAGUACGGUAGAGAUCAAGAAGUUAAUUUCUAUCUGAACACAUACACCACGAAGGGCGACAUUCUUGACAUCGUCAGAGGUCUGAGGCACAGAGGAGGUAGACCCCUCAACACUGGGGCAGCCCUCCAGUAUGUAAGGGACAACGUCUUUACUGCCUCCUCAGGAAGCAGAAGCCAAGAGGGUGUCCCUCAGAUGCUGAUACUGCUGAGUGGCGGGAGGUCCAAUGAUAAUGUUGAAAUACCAGUUUCUGCCCUGAAAGAGAGUGGGGUCUUGAUCUUUGGCAUUGGAAACAGAAAUUCUAGCAAAGAGGUUCAAAGGAUUGCCUCUGACCCCAGUUAUUCCCAGUCUGUUUCUGAAUUCUCUGAUCUCCCCAGCGUCCAGGAUAAGUUUUUCUCCUCACUCAUUACUGUACACGUUGGCGCCACACCCAUUUCCCCAACAGUCAUAGUGGACCUAAGCAUUGCCAGAAAGGAUGUAGUAUUCUUGCUGGAUGGUUCUGAUGGCACUAGGAAUGGCUUCCCAGAAAUGCGGGACUUUGUUCAAAGAGUAGUGGAGAAACUCACUGUAGGGGAGAACAGAGAUCGAGUCUCUGUGGUACAGUAUAGCAGAGAACCAGAGGCCCACUUCUAUCUGAACACUUACAUGAGAAAAGAAGAGGUUGUUGACACCGUAAGAGGGCUGAAGCACAAAGGAGGGAGACCCCUCAACACUGGAGCAGCUCUCCAGUAUGUCAGGGACUACGUCUUUACUGCCUCCUCUGGAAGUAGGCGCCUUGAAAGUGUUCCACAGAUUCUGAUACUGCUAAAUGGUGGAAGGUCCUUUGACAAUGUAGAUAAACCAGCUUCUGCUCUCAAGGAGCUUGGUGUCUUGGUGUUUGGAAUUGGAACAAGGAGCUCUGAUAGCAGAGAAUUACAGAAGAUAUCCUAUGACCCCAGUUAUGCUCUCUCCGUGUCUGAAUUUACUGACCUCCCCAACAUCCAACAGCAGCUUCUUUCUGCCAUGAACACUGCCAUUAUACAGGACACAACCAUGACACCAACACUAAUACCAACAAUACUAGUUGAGAGUCAGGCUCCCAGGAGGGAUGUUGUGUUCUUGCUGGAUGGAUCUGAUGGCACUAGGAGUGGAUUCCCAGCCAUGCGUGACUUUGUUCAAAGAGUGGUGGAGACACUCAGUGUGGAUGAGAACAAAGAUCGCGUUGCGGUGGUCCAGUACAGUAGAGAUCCAGCCGCACAAUUCUAUCUGAACACAUACACAACAAAGGGAGAGAUUCUCAACACUGUAAGAGGUCUGAGACACAAAGGCGGGAGACCUCUCAACACUGGAGCAGCUCUCCAGUACGUGAGGGACAAUGUCUUUACUGCCUCCUCCGGAAGCAGACGCUUGGAAGGCGUUCCACAGCUACUGAUUCUGUUGAGUGGUGGAAGGUCGGUUGACAAUGUUGACACGCCAGCCUCUGCUCUGAAGGAGCUUGGGGUUUUGGUCUUUGGAAUUGGAACAAGGAGCUCUGAUAGCAGAGAAUUGCAGAGGAUAUCACAUGAUCCCAGUUACGCUCUGUCUGUCUCAGACUUUACUGACCUUCCGAGCAUCCAGCAGCAACUUCUGUCCUCGGUGGAGGCAGUGGUUAUUGAUGUUACUCCAGAAUCACCAACAGUUUUAGUUGAUCAUGCCACCGCCAGAAAGGAUGUGGUAUUCCUUCUGGAUGGUUCUGAUGGCACAAGGAAUGGAUUCCCAGCAAUGCGUGAUUUUGUUCAGAGAGUAGUAGAGAAACUCAAUGUGGGAGGAGACAAAGACCGCGUUUCUGUGGUCCAGUACGGUAGAGAUCAAGAAGUUAAUUUCUAUCUGAACACAUACACCACGAAGGGCGACAUUCUUGACAUCGUCAGAGGUCUGAGGCACAGAGGAGGUAGACCCCUCAACACUGGGGCAGCCCUCCAGUAUGUAAGGGACAACGUCUUUACUGCCUCCUCAGGAAGCAGAAGCCAAGAGGGUGUCCCUCAGAUGCUGAUACUGCUGAGUGGCGGGAGGUCCAAUGAUAAUGUUGAAAUACCAGUUUCUGCCCUGAAAGAGAGUGGGGUCUUGAUCUUUGGCAUUGGAAACAGAAAUUCUAGCAAAGAGGUUCAAAGGAUUGCCUCUGACCCCAGUUAUUCCCAGUCUGUUUCUGAAUUCUCUGAUCUCCCCAGCGUCCAGGAUAAGUUUUUCUCCUCACUCAUUACUGUACACGUUGGCGCCACACCCAUUUCCCCAACAGUCAUAGUGGACCUAAGCAUUGCCAGAAAGGAUGUAGUAUUCUUGCUGGAUGGUUCUGAUGGCACUAGGAAUGGCUUCCCAGAAAUGCGGGACUUUGUUCAAAGAGUAGUGGAGAAACUCACUGUAGGGGAGAACAGAGAUCGAGUCUCUGUGGUACAGUAUAGCAGAGAACCAGAGGCCCACUUCUAUCUGAACACUUACAUGAGAAAAGAAGAGGUUGUUGACACCGUAAGAGGGCUGAAGCACAAAGGAGGGAGACCCCUCAACACUGGAGCAGCUCUCCAGUAUGUCAGGGACUACAUCUUUACUGCCUCCUCUGGAAGUAGGCGCCUUGAAAGUGUUCCACAGAUUCUGAUACUGCUAAAUGGUGGAAGGUCCUUUGACAAUGUAGAUAAACCAGCUUCUGCUCUCAAGGAGCUUGGUGUCUUGGUGUUUGGAAUUGGAACAAGGAGCUCUGAUAGCAGAGAAUUACAGAAGAUAUCCUAUGACCCCAGUUAUGCUCUCUCCGUGUCUGAAUUUACUGACCUCCCCAACAUCCAACAGCAGCUUCUUUCUGCCAUGAACACUGCCAUUAUACAGGACACAACCAUGACACCAACACUAAUACCAACAAUACUAGUUGAGAGUCAGGCUCCCAGGAGGGAUGUUGUGUUCUUGCUGGAUGGAUCUGAUGGCACUAGGAGUGGAUUCCCAGCCAUGCGUGACUUUGUUCAAAGAGUGGUGGAGACACUCAGUGUGGAUGAGAACAAAGAUCGCGUUGCGGUGGUCCAGUACAGUAGAGAUCCAGCCGCACAAUUAUAUCUGAACACAUACACAACAAAGGGAGAGAUUCUCAACACUGUAAGAGGUCUGAGACACAAAGGCGGGAGACCUCUCAACACUGGAGCAGCUCUCCAGUACGUGAGGGACAAUGUCUUUACUGCCUCCUCCGGAAGCAGACGCUUGGAAGGCGUUCCACAGCUAUUGAUUCUGUUGAGUGGUGGAAGGUCGGUUGACAAUGUUGACACGCCAGCCUCUGCUCUGAAGGAGCUUGGGGUUUUGGUCUUUGGAAUUGGAACAAGGAGCUCUGAUAGCAGAGAAUUGCAGAGGAUAUCACAUGAUCCCAGUUACGCUCUGUCUGUCUCAGACUUUACUGACCUUCCGAGCAUCCAGCAGCAACUUCUGUCCUCGGUGGAGGCAGUGGUUAUUGAUGUUACUCCAGAAUCACCAACAGUUUUAGUUGAUCAUGCCACCGCCAGAAAGGAUGUGGUAUUCCUUCUGGAUGGUUCUGAUGGCACAAGGAAUGGAUUCCCAGCAAUGCGUGAUUUUGUUCAGAGAGUAGUAGAGAAACUCAAUGUGGGAGGAGACAAAGACCGCGUUUCUGUGGUCCAGUACGGUAGAGAUCAAGAAGUUAAUUUCUAUCUGAACACAUACACCACGAAGGGCGACAUUCUUGACAUCGUCAGAGGUCUGAGGCACAGAGGAGGUAGACCCCUCAACACUGGGGCAGCCCUCCAGUAUGUAAGGGACAACGUCUUUACUGCCUCCUCAGGAAGCAGAAGCCAAGAGGGUGUCCCUCAGAUGCUGAUACUGCUGAGUGGCGGGAGGUCCAAUGAUAAUGUUGAAAUACCAGUUUCUGCCCUGAAAGAGAGUGGGGUCUUGAUCUUUGGCAUUGGAAACAGAAAUUCUAGCAAAGAGGUUCAAAGGAUUGCCUCUGACCCCAGUUAUUCCCAGUCUGUUUCUGAAUUCUCUGAUCUCCCCAGCGUCCAGGAUAAGUUUUUCUCCUCACUCAUUACUGUACACGUUGGCGCCACACCCAUUUCCCCAACAGUCAUAGUGGACCUAAGCAUUGCCAGAAAGGAUGUAGUAUUCUUGCUGGAUGGUUCUGAUGGCACUAGGAAUGGCUUCCCAGAAAUGCGGGACUUUGUUCAAAGAGUAGUGGAGAAACUCACUGUAGGGGAGAACAGAGAUCGAGUCUCUGUGGUACAGUAUAGCAGAGAACCAGAGGCCCACUUCUAUCUGAACACUUACAUGAGAAAAGAAGAGGUUGUUGACACCGUAAGAGGGCUGAAGCACAAAGGAGGGAGACCCCUCAACACUGGAGCAGCUCUCCAGUAUGUCAGGGACUACGUCUUUAAUGCCUCCUCUGGAAGUAGGCGCCUUGAAAGUGUUCCACAGAUUCUGAUACUGCUAAAUGGUGGAAGGUCCUUUGACAAUGUAGAUAAACCAGCUUCUGCUCUCAAGGAGCUUGGUGUCUUGGUGUUUGGAAUUGGAACAAGGAGCUCUGAUAGCAGAGAAUUACAGAAGAUAUCCUAUGACCCCAGUUAUGCUCUCUCCGUGUCUGAAUUUACUGACCUCCCCAACAUCCAACAGCAGCUUCUUUCUGCCAUGAACACUGCCAUUAUACAGGACACAACCAUGACACCAACACUAAUACCAACAAUACUAGUUGAGAGUCAGGCUCCCAGGAGGGAUGUUGUGUUCUUGCUGGAUGGAUCUGAUGGCACUAGGAGUGGAUUCCCAGCCAUGCGUGACUUUGUUCAAAGAGUGGUGGAGACACUCAGUGUGGAUGAGAACAAAGAUCGCGUUGCGGUGGUCCAGUACAGUAGAGAUCCAGCCGCCCAAUUCUAUCUGAACACAUACACAACAAAGGGAGAGAUUCUCAACACUGUAAGAGGUCUGAGACACAAAGGCGGGAGACCUCUCAACACUGGAGCAGCUCUCCAGUACGUGAGGGACAAUGUCUUUACUGCCUCCUCCGGAAGCAGACGCUUGGAAGGCGUUCCACAGCUACUGAUUCUGUUGAGUGGUGGAAGGUCGGUUGACAAUGUUGACACGCCAGCCUCUGCUCUGAAGGAGCUUGGGGUUUUGCUCUUUGGAAUUGGAACAAGGAGCUCUGAUAGCAGAGAAUUGCAGAGGAUAUCACAUGAUCCCAGUUACGCUCUGUCUGUCUCAGACUUUACUGACCUUCCGAGCAUCCAGAAGCAACUUCUGUCCUCGGUGGAGGCAGUGGUUAUUGAUGUUACUCCAGAAUCACCAACAGUUUUAGUUGAUCAUGACACCGCCAGAAAGGAUGUGGUAUUCCUUCUGGAUGGUUCUGAUGGCACAAGGAAUGGAUUCCCAGCAAUGCGUGAUUUUGUUCAGAGAGUAGUAGAGAAACUCAAUGUGGGAGGAGACAAAGACCGCGUUUCUGUGGUCCAGUACGGUAGAGAUCAAGAAGUUAAUUUCUAUCUGAACACAUACACCACGAAGGGCGACAUUCUUGACAUCGUCAGAGGUCUGAGGCACAGAGGAGGUAGACCCCUCAACACUGGGGCAGCCCUCCAGUAUGUAAGGGACAACGUCUUUACUGCCUCCUCAGGAAGCAGAAGCCAAGAGGGUGUCCCUCAGAUGCUGAUACUGCUGAGUGGCGGGAGGUCCAAUGAUCAUGUUGAAAUACCAGUUUCUGCCCUGAAAGAGAGUGGGGUCUUGAUCUUUGGCAUUGGAAACAGAAAUUCUAGCAAAGAGGUUCAAAGGAUUGCCUCUGACCCCAGUUAUUCCCAGUCUGUUUCUGAAUUCUCUGAUCUCCCCAGCGUCCAGGAUAAGUUUUUCUCCUCACUCAUUACUGUACACGUUGGCGCCACACCCAUUUCCCCAACAGUCAUAGUGGACCUAAGCAUUGCCAGAAAGGAUGUAGUAUUCUUGCUGGAUGGUUCUGAUGGCACUAGGAAUGGCUUCCCAGAAAUGCGGGACUUUGUUCAAAGAGUAGUGGAGAAACUCACUGUAGGGGAGAACAGAGAUCGAGUCUCUGUGGUACAGUAUAGCAGAGAACCAGAGGCCCACUUCUAUCUGAACACUUACAUGAGAAAAGAAGAGGUUGUUGACACCGUAAGAGGGCUGAAGCACAAAGGAGGGAGACCCCUCAACACUGGAGCAGCUCUCCAGUAUGUCAGGGACUACGUCUUUAAUGCCUCCUCUGGAAGUAGGCGCCUUGAAAGUGUUCCACAGAUUCUGAUACUGCUAAAUGGUGGAAGGUCCUUUGACAAUGUAGAUAAACCAGCUUCUGCUCUCAAGGAGCUUGGUGUCUUGGUGUUUGGAAUUGGAACAAGGAGCUCUGAUAGCAGAGAAUUACAGAAGAUAUCCUAUGACCCCAGUUAUGCUCUCUCCGUGUCUGAAUUUACUGACCUCCCCAACAUCCAACAGCAGCUUCUUUCUGCCAUGAACACUGCCAUUAUACAGGACACAACCAUGACACCAACACUAAUACCAACAAUACUAGUUGAGAGUCAGGCUCCCAGGAGGGAUGUUGUGUUCUUGCUGGAUGGAUCUGAUGGCACUAGGAGUGGAUUCCCAGCCAUGCGUGACUUUGUUCAAAGAGUGGUGGAGACACUCAGUGUGGAUGAGAACAAAGAUCGCGUUGCGGUGGUCCAGUACAGUAGAGAUCCAGCCGCACAAUUCUAUCUGAACACAUACACAACAAAGGGAGAGAUUCUCAACACUGUAAGAGGUCUGAGACACAAAGGCGGGAGACCUCUCAACACUGGAGCAGCUCUCCAGUACGUGAGGGACAAUGUCUUUACUGCCUCCUCCGGAAGCAGACGCUUGGAAGGCGUUCCACAGCUAUUGAUUCUGUUGAGUGGUGGAAGGUCGGUUGACAAUGUUGACACGCCAGCCUCUGCUCUGAAGGAGCUUGGGGUUUUGGUCUUUGGAAUUGGAACAAGGAGCUCUGAUAGCAGAGAAUUGCAGAGGAUAUCACAUGAUCCCAGUUACGCUCUGUCUGUCUCAGACUUUACUGACCUUCCGAGCAUCCAGCAGCAACUUCUGUCCUCGGUGGAGGCAGUGGUUAUUGAUGUUACUCCAGAAUCACCAACAGUUUUAGUUGAUCAUGCCACCGCCAGAAAGGAUGUGGUAUUCCUUCUGGAUGGUUCUGAUGGCACAAGGAAUGGAUUCCCAGCAAUGCGUGAUUUUGUUCAGAGAGUAGUAGAGAAACUCAAUGUGGGAGGAGACAAAGACCGCGUUUCUGUGGUCCAGUACGGUAGAGAUCAAGAAGUUAAUUUCUAUCUGAACACAUACACCACGAAGGGCGACAUUCUUGACAUCGUCAGAGGUCUGAGGCACAGAGGAGGUAGACCCCUCAACACUGGGGCAGCCCUCCAGUAUGUAAGGGACAACGUCUUUACUGCCUCCUCAGGAAGCAGAAGCCAAGAGGGUGUCCCUCAGAUGCUGAUACUGCUGAGUGGCGGGAGGUCCAAUGAUAAUGUUGAAAUACCAGUUUCUGCCCUGAAAGAGAGUGGGGUCUUGAUCUUUGGCAUUGGAAACAGAAAUUCUAGCAAAGAGGUUCAAAGGAUUGCCUCUGACCCCAGUUAUUCCCAGUCUGUUUCUGAAUUCUCUGAUCUCCCCAGCGUCCAGGAUAAGUUUUUCUCCUCACUCAUUACUGUACACGUUGGCGCCACACCCAUUUCCCCAACAGUCAUAGUGGACCUAAGCAUUGCCAGAAAGGAUGUAGUAUUCUUGCUGGAUGGUUCUGAUGGCACUAGGAAUGGCUUCCCAGAAAUGCGGGACUUUGUUCAAAGAGUAGUGGAGAAACUCACUGUAGGGGAGAACAGAGAUCGAGUCUCUGUGGUACAGUAUAGCAGAGAACCAGAGGCCCACUUCUAUCUGAACACUUACAUGAGAAAAGAAGAGGUUGUUGACACCGUAAGAGGGCUGAAGCACAAAGGAGGGAGACCCCUCAACACUGGAGCAGCUCUCCAGUAUGUCAGGGACUACAUCUUUACUGCCUCCUCUGGAAGUAGGCGCCUUGAAAGUGUUCCACAGAUUCUGAUACUGCUAAAUGGUGGAAGGUCCUUUGACAAUGUAGAUAAACCAGCUUCUGCUCUCAAGGAGCUUGGUGUCUUGGUGUUUGGAAUUGGAACAAGGAGCUCUGAUAGCAGAGAAUUACAGAAGAUAUCCUAUGACCCCAGUUAUGCUCUCUCCGUGUCUGAAUUUACUGACCUCCCCAACAUCCAACAGCAGCUUCUUUCUGCCAUGAACACUGCCAUUAUACAGGACACAACCAUGACACCAACACUAAUACCAACAAUACUAGUUGAGAGUCAGGCUCCCAGGAGGGAUGUUGUGUUCUUGCUGGAUGGAUCUGAUGGCACUAGGAGUGGAUUCCCAGCCAUGCGUGACUUUGUUCAAAGAGUGGUGGAGACACUCAGUGUGGAUGAGAACAAAGAUCGCGUUGCGGUGGUCCAGUACAGUAGAGAUCCAGCCGCCCAAUUCUAUCUGAACACAUACACAACAAAGGGAGAGAUUCUCAACACUGUAAGAGGUCUGAGACACAAAGGCGGGAGACCUCUCAACACUGGAGCAGCUCUCCAGUACGUGAGGGACAAUGUCUUUACUGCCUCCUCCGGAAGCAGACGCUUGGAAGGCGUUCCACAGCUACUGAUUCUGUUGAGUGGUGGAAGGUCGGUUGACAAUGUUGACACGCCAGCCUCUGCUCUGAAGGAGCUUGGGGUUUUGGUCUUUGGAAUUGGAACAAGGAGCUCUGAUAGCAGAGAAUUGCAGAGGAUAUCACAUGAUCCCAGUUACGCUCUGUCUGUCUCAGACUUUACUGACCUUCCAAGCAUCCAGCAGCAACUUCUGUCCUCGGUGGAGGCAGUGGUUAUUGAUGUUACUCCAGAAUCACCAACAGUUUUAGUUGAUCAUGACACCGCCAGAAAGGAUGUGGUAUUCCUUCUGGAUGGUUCUGAUGGCACAAGGAAUGGAUUCCCAGCAAUGCGUGAUUUUGUUCAGAGAGUAGUAGAGAAACUCAAUGUGGGAGGAGACAAAGACCGCGUUUCUGUGGUCCAGUACGGUAGAGAUCAAGAAGUUAAUUUCUAUCUGAACACAUACACCACGAAGGGCGACAUUCUUGACAUCGUCAGAGGUCUGAGGCACAGAGGAGGUAGACCCCUCAACACUGGGGCAGCCCUCCAUUAUGUAAGGGACAACGUCUUUACUGCCUCCUCAGGAAGCAGAAGCCAAGAGGGUGUCCCUCAGAUGCUGAUACUGCUGAGUGGCGGGAGGUCCAAUGAUAAUGUUGAAAUACCAGUUUCUGCCCUGAAAGAGAGUGGGGUCUUGAUCUUUGGCAUUGGAAACAGAAAUUCUAGCAAAGAGGUUCAAAGGAUUGCCUCUGACCCCAGUUAUUCCCAGUCUGUUUCUGAAUUCUCUGAUCUCCCCAGCGUCCAGGAUAAGUUUUUCUCCUCACUCAUUACUGUACACGUUGGCGCCACACCCAUUUCCCCAACAGUCAUAGUGGACCUAAGCAUUGCCAGAAAGGAUGUAGUAUUCUUGCUGGAUGGUUCUGAUGGCACUAGGAAUGGCUUCCCAGAAAUGCGGGACUUUGUUCAAAGAGUAGUGGAGAAACUCACUGUAGGGGAGAACAGAGAUCGAGUCUCUGUGGUACAGUAUAGCAGAGAACCAGAGGCCCACUUCUAUCUGAACACUUACAUGAGAAAAGAAGAGGUUGUUGACACCGUAAGAGGGCUGAAGCACAAAGGAGGGAGACCCCUCAACACUGGAGCAGCUCUCCAGUAUGUCAGGGACUACAUCUUUAAUGCCUCCUCUGGAAGUAGGCGCCUUGAAAGUGUUCCACAGAUUCUGAUACUGCUAAAUGGUGGAAGGUCCUUUGACAAUGUAGAUAAACCAGCUUCUGCUCUCAAGGAGCUUGGUGUCUUGGUGUUUGGAAUUGGAACAAGGAGCUCUGAUAGCAGAGAAUUACAGAAGAUAUCCUAUGACCCCAGUUAUGCUCUCUCCGUGUCUGAAUUUACUGACCUCCCCAACAUCCAACAGCAGCUUCUUUCUGCCAUGAACACUGCCAUUAUACAGGACACAACCAUGACACCAACACUAAUACCAACAAUACUAGUUGAGAGUCAGGCUCCCAGGAGGGAUGUUGUGUUCUUGCUGGAUGGAUCUGAUGGCACUAGGAGUGGAUUCCCAGCCAUGCGUGACUUUGUUCAAAGAGUGGUGGAGACACUCAGUGUGGAUGAGAACAAAGAUCGCGUUGCGGUGGUCCAGUACAGUAGAGAUCCAGCCGCCCAAUUCUAUCUGAACACAUACACAACAAAGGGAGAGAUUCUCAACACUGUAAGAGGUCUGAGACACAAAGGCGGGAGACCUCUCAACACUGGAGCAGCUCUCCAGUACGUGAGGGACAAUGUCUUUACUGCCUCCUCCGGAAGCAGACGCUUGGAAGGCGUUCCACAGCUACUGAUUCUGUUGAGUGGUGGAAGGUCGGUUGACAAUGUUGACACGCCAGCCUCUGCUCUGAAGGAGCUUGGGGUUUUGGUCUUUGGAAUUGGAACAAGGAGCUCUGAUAGCAGAGAAUUGCAGAGGAUAUCACAUGAUCCCAGUUACGCUCUGUCUGUCUCAGACUUUACUGACCUUCCAAGCAUCCAGCAGCAACUUCUGUCCUCGGUGGAGGCAGUGGUUAUUGAUGUUACUCCAGAAUCACCAACAGUUUUAGUUGAUCAUGACACCGCCAGAAAGGAUGUGGUAUUCCUUCUGGAUGGUUCUGAUGGCACAAGGAAUGGAUUCCCAGCAAUGCGUGAUUUUGUUCAGAGAGUAGUAGAGAAACUCAAUGUGGGAGGAGACAAAGACCGCGUUUCUGUGGUCCAGUACGGUAGAGAUCAAGAAGUUAAUUUCUAUCUGAACACAUACACCACGAAGGGCGACAUUCUUGACAUCGUCAGAGGUCUGAGGCACAGAGGAGGUAGACCCCUCAACACUGGGGCAGCCCUCCAGUAUGUAAGGGACAACGUCUUUACUGCCUCCUCAGGAAGCAGAAGCCAAGAGGGUGUCCCUCAGAUGCUGAUACUGCUGAGUGGCGGGAGGUCCAAUGAUAAUGUUGAAAUACCAGUUUCUGCCCUGAAAGAGAGUGGGGUCUUGAUCUUUGGCAUUGGAAACAGAAAUUCUAGCAAAGAGGUUCAAAGGAUUGCCUCUGACCCCAGUUAUUCCCAGUCUGUUUCUGAAUUCUCUGAUCUCCCCAGCGUCCAGGAUAAGUUUUUCUCCUCACUCAUUACUGUACACGUUGGCGCCACACCCAUUUCCCCAACAGUCAUAGGUAAGACCGGAUGCAUUAUCUAGGAAAACUAAAGCAACAAACACAUAUUUCAGAUUUGAUGAAGCAAUGUUGACAUACUGUUUUGUUGACAUACUGUUUUGUUUCUGAUACUCUUAGUGGACCUAAGCAUUGCCAGAAAGGAUGUAGUAUUCUUGCUGGAUGGUUCUGAUGGCACUAGGAAUGGCUUCCCAGAAAUGCGGGACUUUGUUCAAAGAGUAGUGGAGAAACUCACUG